AUCUAAUAAAAAUUCAUUAAAAUGAUAUGUAUUUUAUCUGUAUGCAGGGGAGGAUGAUAUAAGAGGUAUGAAAAAUGGUCCAUGGGAAAUAUGGUUUUAGAAUAAUAGUGAAAAUUACUCAAAGGAAUUAAUGAAAUAGUUAAAAUAAUAUUUUAGAGGUUUCGGAAAAGAUGAUGAAUAAUAGGAAGGUUCAAGAAAAAUUAGAAAAUGAAUAGAAUAAAAAGUAGGUUGUGGCAGAUAAUAUGAUGAGUAUAAAGAUAAUAAAAUAAAAGAUGGGUAAUGGAUUGAUAUUUAAAAUGAAUAGUCAUAAAUAACUUAUAAAGGUGAAUAGAAUAUGAAGG